CAGGGUGGACGAAUGAAAAUAUAAUUAUUCUUUGGUGAGCUGUUGAAGUGUAUACUGCGAGUGCACAAUUUUCAACGCUAUUUUACAAAAGACGCACACAGCUUUCGUACUGUUUGCUUACAAUAUUUGUCAUUUUUCUACUCUGAUUGUUUUCCUCGAAGUCAGUGAAUAAGUGAGUGUAAAAAUGGUGUCCGGCGGGAUGGCUUGCAUCAAAUACCUGACGUUUCUUUUCAACCUGAUAUUCGCCAUCACAGGAAUUGUACUUAUUGCAGUGGGCACUGUGAUCUUGGUUGUUUACAGUGGCUACAAUAAUUUUAUGGACAGUUGGUUCUUCGCAGCACCAGUAUUGAUGAUUGUAAUUGGCGCCAUUGUGUUUAUUGUAUCAUUCUUUGGUUGUUGUGGAGCUGUUAAAGAAAAUCAUUGCAUGAUAAUAACGUUUUCUGUAUUACUGCUUUUAAUUUUCGCACUUGAACUUGGUGCUGGAAUUGCUGGAUAUAUGAUGCGUGGAGAGGUACGCACAAUGGUAGAAAAUCGAUUAAAUACAACAAUGAAGGAAUAUUCAACCAAUAAUGAUAUUCGUAGAUCUUGGGAUAUUAUGCAACAUGAUUUGGAAUGUUGCGGAAUGAUUGGCCCUACUGAUUGGGCUCAUGUUGGAUUCGCAGAAAAUACUGUACCAAAUUCCUGUUGCAAAGAAGUACCAGAAGGAAGUAAAUGUGACAUAAAUUCAAUUCAUAUACAUUUAAGUGGUUGUAUGGGCAAUCUUCAGUCUGCUACUGAGCAUAAUGCUUUAAUCUUGGGCGGUGUAGGCAUUGGCAUUGCUAUUAUUCAGUUAAUUGGUGUGAUCUUUGCUUGCUGUCUGGCACGUUCAAUUCGCCGCGAGUAUGAGACUGUCGAGACUGCAGCGCACUGAUUCAACACCCAAUAGGAGGCAUUAUAAUUAAAUAUUGUUCGUCGUGCAUUCAUUAAGAGAAUAAUUCUAGAGUCGUCGCAAGACCAUUUAUUUAGAACUUGGCUGCAGAAUAUUCAAUAUUUAUCUGCAGUCUAGCUUAAGAAGAAAGCAAACUAUUGGAGAAUGUAUUUCAAUAUACUGCCAUUAUCUGCCAAAUGGUUGAAACCAAAUAUCUCAUUCUUAGACUGCACUGUAUGUGGAAUUAAAGCUUAUGGCAUAAGAAUGUUCAAACAAGAGAUAGAAGGGUCAUUAAAUAUUUGGCCUGAUAUUGCUCUUUCAGAACUUAAUUUUUUUGGGAAGAAAAAUUAUCUUUCAAAGUUUUAUAGCACGUUAAAUUCAUUCUAAUUAUUUUAUUUGUAUAAAAACAUCUUUUUUAUUCGCAUGGAGUUGGGUAAAUAUUGUAUUUUUAAAUGUUGUAGUAUGAAAGAAAAAUGAUUUUAAAUAAUUAGU